CAAGGCGAAAGGAAAAGUGCCCGAGCGAUAAACUGAUCGAAUUAGUCUGUGAAGGAUCCAUGGGUAAGUGGUUAGUUUUGCUUGUUUGACCAAUCACACGCAGGGAGUGGCCCGUGGUGGGAUGGGGAGAGGAAGAGAGAUGGAGGUGAGAGGGCUGGGAAGGGAGAGGGUGGCUGUGGGGCGGAGAGAUGUUGGUAGCAGGGAUAGGCUUGGCGCUCGUCGUCAGUGUGCGACAGGCCGUCGUAGCUAGUGGAGGCGAGUCGGUGCGUUGGCAGUGUUGGGUCGCCCAGUCCCGCUCAUCUGACGCUCAAGUUUUCGCUGCGAGUUAACCCUCCUAAGUAGUGUACGUGCAGUCCCAGUGGUGUGACGGCUGGUCCGCGGUGGUGGUGUGUGCCCGGCACGUGUACUUGACAAGAGUUUCGCCGUCAACAGUUUUUCAAAGGUUGAUUUUGACUUUGUUGAGUUGGAGGUGCUGCACGCGACGCAAGCUUACUAGCGGCCCGCCACGCUGCCGCUACUCCCCGCCAAGAUGCUCGCCAGGUUAGCUGCUCGGCCCCUGCUGCUCUUCCUACUACUGCAAGGAUGUUUCGGCACGCAAACUUGGAACCAGGAGCCAGUGAGAACCGAGGUGAACCCAGAGGGCAAUGCGGUCCUGGCCUGCAAGGUGUACAACAAGCAGGGCACGUGUUCCUGGCAGAAAGAUGGCAAGCCCCAGGGAAUGUUCGUGGGGAAGUACGAGUGGGCUGGGGAUCGAGAGGCUGGCGAUUGCUCCAUUAGAAUUCUGGACGCUGGGGAAGUGGACGACGGCGACUGGGAAUGUCAAGUGACCGCAUCUACCUUCGCUGCUCAUGAUGCCCUCACCUCCAGGAUUGCCCAACUCAUCGUCAGAGUGGCCCCCAAACACCCCGUGCUGGAGGUGGACUCACAACAGGUCACGGCUGGACACAACUUCACUGUAGUGGAAAAUCGCCCGGGUACUAUCAAGUGUCUCUCCCGCUACGGCAACCCGCCUGCUGAGAUUAAGUGGUUCAUAGGGGAGGAGGAGCUGCCGCAGGAGGAGUACGGACAGACCAACGUGACGGAGAUGGACAAGCAGAAGACGUGGAUGGCGGUGUCGGUGCUUCAACACACUUUCUCCAAGGCUGACCACAACACGCCUCUCCGCUGCGUUGCCGUCCACCAGGCCUACCAGACCAAGUCGCAGUCCGUGGAAGUACUCAUGGAUGUACAAUACGCGCCCUCCGUCACACUAGAGGGCGCCCCCGGAGAGGACAUCGAGGAGGGCGUGGACAAUGUAGUGCUGCGCUGCCUCGUGGAUUCGAACCCUGGAGCUAAUGUUGUGUGGCGGGUUAAUGGACAGACUGACGUGUUCAGCUUCCAACGAGAAGUUCGCUUCAAUCCUGUGAGCAGAAAGCACUCGGGCACCUACACCUGCGAGGCAAGGAACGCCGUAGGAGGCUCCGAUCCCAUCUCCGUCAAGAUUGAUGUCAAAUACCGGCCCCGCGUCCUCCAGGUGGGUCCCGCUCCCCUGGUCACCGCCACCCUUCACAACCACACGCUGCUGGAGUGCAUUGCCGAGGCCAACCCUCCGCCACAGUACACGUGGAUUCAGAUGAUACCGGACACACAGAAGACAGAAGUGCGAGGCCAUAACGCCACACUGUUGCUGGAGGAUGUCACGUACGAGCACCAGGGCGAGUACGUGUGCGUGGCCUCGUCUGUUAUCCGCGAGCAGACACUGGAAGACCGCAGCGAGCCCAUUAUUGUGGAGGUCGUUGGCGCUCCCCAGGUGCUUCGGUACACGGUGGAGCGGAACAUGCAGGUGGAGAAAGGACAGGACGCCGUGAUUCAGAUUGUGUUCUGCUCCGACCCGCGGCCCUUCAGCACCUCGUGGGAAUGGGGCUCCCUCAGGCUGGAGGCGGGCAACGGCAGGGGACGCUACGUGGCCGAGAACUUAGCACAGCAGGAUGUGCGCGAGGACUGCUACUCUGCCAAACUCCGUGUGCAGGGUGUGGACGUGACUGACUCCCGCGACUACAUCCUCAACGUGCAGAACGACAAGGGCGCUGAUCGCUACGCCGUCGGACUCCGCGUAAACGGACAUGUAGCCAAGCCCCCACUACAGCGUGUCCCUCCCUCAGCAGAGCCCGUGUCCAUGUCCACUGUGAUCGGCAUCGUCAUCGCCUGUUUGGUCAUCCUUGUUCUGGUCACUCUCAUCGUCCUCUACGCCUUCAAGACAGAGAAGUGGUGCUUCUCCCGUCUCUCGCUGUCCCCCUAUCCAGCAUUUUACUCCUAGUGGUCAGCUGGUCAACUCUUGGUCUGUGGUCACCUUUAGUCAGUUAUCAAGCCUAGGAGCGUCGCCUCUUCUGUGUCAUAAUCAUCGGUGUAUAUAUGCCCACCAUCCGCUUUCCCUCCCUCUCAGCCACACUCAGACGCCACCCUCCUAGCACAAAGCACUGAGACCUUCUUGAUGCUAGACUGAGCCACACUCUAACUACCGCUUCACCCGAGCAGCACGACUGUUCAGUCUCAUUUCCUGGAAGCGUCGUGGAAUGUCGUGAUUGUGUAGAUGAGGGCAGGCUGUGCUUGAUCCUCUUGUUAAUUAGAGGCGGUGGUACUAAUUCGAUAAAUUUCGAUACCAGGAGCGAGUUGGUGAGAGAAUAUUGACGUGGCCGUGAGGCGUGGCACUUCUGCUGGAGGGAAGCAGGUGACUGGCAGUGGGAGACAAGGCAACGUAUGAAGUUAGUAGCGCGAAUCCCGUCCAGCAGUGCACAAAGGGGAGCAGUGAGAGUGAUGGAUAAGUUACAGCAACGUUAUUAUUGAGGGAUUGUGGAUACCUAUUUACGUUGGAUCACUCACAGAUCACAUGGGGGAAAUAAGUUGUGAAGGAAUUGCGCUGCAGUUAUUAAGACAUUUCUCAGGAUCAGUAGGCACAUUUCUAUCCUUAUCAUGGUGAACUUUUAAUUGUUCUUUAUGAUGCGCCUCUCCUCUGCUUUUAGUUGUUUACUGUGUUAUAGAUUGAUUGAUUGAACGAACAUUAACUGAUUAUCUUCCCCUUUGCUAUCCUAACAUCUCUUGCUCUAGAUUGGAUAGUGUAACCAAAUACAAGAAACAUCGUAGGGCCAAGUUGUCUGCCCUUCCUUUGUAUUCCUUUUGUGGAAGAGAAUUCUUCCAUACUAUUUUUCAGCGAGCAGUGAAAACCUCAUUAUAAUAUUACAUCGAUGGCAAGAUAAUUUCACUUCAUGCUUGCGGGAAAGAUUGGAGGUGCCGUGAAAAUCAGCAAAUCACAGAGAAUUUCAAACAAAUUAUUAUAUUCUUAUCAGACUAAUCUCACUUCAUUAAGCUGUGAGGAAGCAAAGGAAAAAUUACUAUGGGAUAAAAGAGAGAAGACAAUAUCUGUAACUAUUGUUGUUUGUAGGCCAGUAUUCAGAAACGCUCAUCUCCCUCACCAUGACGAUUGUCAAAGGCUAUGGAAAUGAUUGCCCGGGUUCUCAAGAGUGCUUUUCUUGUUAGUAGUGAAAAAAAAACCUUGGUAAACUGUUGCUAGAGCUAUGAAACCACCCAUAAAAACUCGAGUAACUUCAAGUACAUGAGCCUUUUGAAUGUAGUGGAGGUGCGGCGCAAAAGUGUUUCAGAAUCGGUUAUACAGGGAGGUUACGUCGAUGUGUGGCGUGCCGUGUGUCCCGUGUGGUGUGUCAGGAAGGGUUGAAGGGUUAAAGAAUUGAAGGGUUGAGGGUUGAGGGGUUAAUACUGGCAAUAGGAAACCAAGCGAUGAUACAUUAUUUCUUCCAUUUAUGAGUUAUUUUCAUUGGUCUCCUGUCUGUACUGUCAGCUCUUUUUAUGUAGAGUUUUUUUCUCUCUUGUUCCUUUCUAUCCGUUCAUUCCUUGUCUGCGCCAGACUACUCAAAUGGAAAUCGUACAUGAUUAGGUUCGUUCUCUCUCUCUCGCUCUCUCUCUCUCUCUCUCUCUCUCUCUCUCUCUCUCUCUCUCUCUCUCUCUCUCUCUCUCUCUCUCUCCAAAUUUUGUUUUCACCAUAAAAUCAGAAUCUCACGGAAUUUCCUCCUUUCAGAAGAAGAAAAAAAAUGCAACAAAAUCAGAAGCCGUGUUAGUAUCUAUAAGAAGCCAGAAAUAAAACUUAAAUUCGUCGAGCAAAAGGGAGAGAGUAAUUGUGAUGUAAGAAGAGCGAAAAGUUUUAACUGGUCUCACUAAAACUCUCCCGCGGGAUGACACGAGGAGGAGGAGGAGGAGAAGAGAAAAGUACGCACCAACCAUCACCAUCUGCUCAUUUCGUGCACUUCAUUUGACUUACAUUUCUUGAAAACUCAGACUCGCUCUUCCUCCUCAUGCCAAACAAUCAAACUAUACCACCACGCUGCUCAGAAGAUUAGGUUUUAGUUGAUCCAAGAAAAAACCAUUAUAGAACUACAUCAUACUUCAGCGAAUACUUUGUGAGCGUCUUUUGACAAAGGAAAACGUUAAUAUGAGACGAGAACUUCUACAAUUCAUCUCAACUUAAUCCAUUACUUUAUACUUGAUAGAAGACAGUUUUAAUGACGUGAUAUAACCUUACAAUGGUGGAUUUCGAUGCUAAGGCAGUCACACCCUUCACGAGGAAAUGCUAAGGUGAAGAGUGAAGACGCCCUUUAUCCCUAAACUCAAUUAAUAUUAUCACCGCCUCCACCUGGUCAGCAUUACGACGCCAGCACGCGUGCACUCAAGUCGACAGCCUGUAUACCCGCUGCGCCGCGUCCUCUAAUUAGAACGCCGUGUUAAUUAUUGCUUUCGAAUUUAAUUGCCAAAUGAGUUUUGAUAUAGAGAUCAUUGUCUCGCUUGAAUAAAGAUUCUAGGGCUGUUUUGUUCAUUAACCUGUUUGAAAUUAUGUUGUUGCAAUUUAUUUAAAGAUAAAUAAAGUAAAGAAGAAAAAUGUUGAGUGCUGGAAUAUUGCUCUGUCCAGCUGGAGCAAUGAACACAAUAGCGUGGACGCCAUCACGAGGCUAUUUACCGAACGCUUACCUCCUUUUUUUCCUCUCCAACUUUUAAACAGGCAUCGAAAAAAAGUGAACAUCAGCUCAGCAGACGAACGACAGCUUGGUUAUGAGCAAGUUAUGGAUAAUGCGAAAAAUAAAAGAAAAAGUGGAAAAAAAACAGAAUUACGUAACAUAAGGCAGGAGAAAAAAAAUUUACAUAUUUGCAGCAAAAAAACAAGUUGAUUACAUUUGAGAGCGUGGCAGUCGGUGAUCGAGUCCACUGUAUUGCUUGACUUUCUGAGCCGGACUGUGAAUCAACGGCGAAGUGGAAGAGAAGUGAGCGUUGCUGAACCUGAGGUGGAGGGAAAGGAGAGGGAAGGCAGAGAAAAUAAGAC